AUGACUGUUCAAACGCUCCGUGAGAUCUCGAGGUAUAAUCUGAGCACCUUCAGACGCAACUACGUCUCUGAGAUCUCGGGAUCACUCGGUGACUUGGGCACGUUCUUGCCCAUUGCUAUUGCAUUGACUGUCAAUGGCAGCGUGUCACUUGCCAGCACGUUGAUCUUCUCUGGCGUGUAUAACAUCCUCACGGGCCUCUUUUUUGGAAUCCCACUACCCGUGCAACCGAUGAAAGCGAUUGCUGCGGUCGCCAUCGCCCGUAAUUUCUCCAGUGGAUCUAUCGCCGCCGCGGGGAUCUUCGUCGGAGCCUGUCUUUUGAUCUUCAGUGUGACCGGUUUGCUGCGCUGGUUCGCCAGCGUCAUUCCCAUCCCCGUCAUCAAGGGUAUUCAGGUGGGCGCGGGCCUGUCACUGAUCAUCUCGGCAUGUGGUGGGAUGCUUCGUCCGCUGGGCUGGGUGGAUCCGUCGUGGGCGGAUAAUCGGAUCUGGGCGAUCGUGGCAUUCCUCGCCUUGAUGAUCACCAGUGUGUAUGGAAGGGUGCCCUAUGCGCUGGUGCUGUUUGCCAUUGGGUUGGGAUUUGCCAUCAUCUGCACGGCGGGGGCUGGGCAUCUUCCUGUGUUUAGUAUCUGGCAUCCAUGGCUGGUGGUCCCCACGCCUCAUCAGUGGUGGGUGGGUGCUGUGGACGCGGGCAUUGGACAGAUCCCAUUGACGACGCUCAACUCGGUCGUGGCCGUCGUGUAUCUGGCCGGGGACCUGUUGCCUAAUGUGCACACCCCGUCUAUCACUCAUAUCGGUCUGAGCGUGGCGGCCAUGAACCUCCUGGGUUGUUGGUUCGGCGCAAUGCCGGUCUGCCAUGGUUCUGGUGGACUAGCGGCACAGCAUCGGUUUGGCGCUCGUUCUGGCGCCAGUAUCGUUUUCCUUGGAGUCUUGAAGCUCGUCAUUGGCAUCAUGUUUGGCGAGACUCUGAUUGAUCUGCUCAAGCGCUUUCCGAAGGCUUUCUUGGGAGUGAUGGUCAUUGCUGCUGGAUUGGAGCUUCUCAGCGUGGGCGAAAGUCUCAACACGCGAGGAGCUAGAGAUCUCGGUGACUCUGACCCAGCGUGCAGUGACGAGGAACGCAAACGUCGAUGGACUGUCAUGAUGGUGACUGUCGGGGUGUUGGUUGGCUUCAAGAAUGAUGCGUUGGGAUUCAUAGCCGGGAUGCUCUGCCAUUGGGCAUAUCGAGUUCCGGAGGGGUGGGAGAUGGGACGCACUCGAUGGUCACAGGGGCGUCUUCGUCUUCCAUAA